AUGAACGACCUCAGUGGUCUAACAUAUGAUGGUGAGACAUACCGAUGGCUUAAAACUUUUGAAGACCUAAAGUGUUUUAUCAACGAAGCAUUAAAUAUAAAAGGCAGGUGGAAAUCUCCUGGAGGAGACGUCAAAGUUUUCAGAAGCGAUGGAGAAGGGGAAUUUGUCAUCAAAUGGCAUGGUCUUCGUUCAAAAAGGCUGAUUAUACAGAGUGACAAUGCCGAGGAAAACCUAAA